AUCGGAGACACAUUUCCAUUGCUGUGGUUCGAUGCUGCGCUACGACCCCAAGGGGAAGCGUGGAAUCGGUGCUUGAAAAAGCUGAAGGAUUUGAAUCUCAAGUGACUUCAAUCCUGUCGUUCUCAUCCUCAUUGCGCGGUUGACAAGCUGGAAAGUCUGGGAUCGGCAGUGGCUUCAGGGCGCACUGGGAGAUCCGUUAUUCGGCUGCCAAGGCAACCAACCACAGCGUGUCGAACUCCAAAUUCAGCCCAGUGGAGCACCUGACCUCAAGUCCUGAGUCCUUUCCACGUUCAAUGAACUUUGAAAAGCUGUUGAAAGAGACAUGUAAAAGAGUGACCACAUCCAGAAAUCAGGUUUCUGCCCCGUGUUGUGUACAUACGGGGAAGUACUUCAGGGCCACUUUUCCAGAAACCCCCCCUUCGAAGCCACUCCAGGUGUCGGGUCCGGAACACGCCCCAGAUCUGGGGGCAGAGAUCCCCGGAUCCUCAGAUCUGACCCCACGAAAAGAGGGCCGGAUGGAGACGAUACACACGAGCAAACACCACCUGACGUCUGUUUUCCUCUACCUUGCCUUGCUUUUACCUUCCUCUCCGUUCCGUUCUUUUCCUCUCCGUCCCGCGGUUUAUGCUCAUUUCAGCCCCACGGAGAGGGAAGGAGUAUGGAUGCAGGACACGGGAAAGUGUUUCAACCAGGACAACUCAAAGCUGGGUUCGAUCAAGUGGCUGUUCCCAAUCGGAUCCGCUGCAUCAUAUUGCCCCUCCUUACUUGGGCGUUUUCAUGGUGAAGGUGGAAUGCUCCAGUUUUACCCGGUUCGCCUUGACUCUGCCACGUCCACGCCGCUUUUGCUGCAGGAGAUGAUGCUUAUCUGUCGGUCACCUUUGGAAGCUUUCGUGAGAGACCAGAGCACAAGAUCAAGAGGCGUGAUAGGCUCAAGGUAUGGUGGUUUCCACUAGCAACCCCAUUUUCCAUGUUCGGAUCGGACCGUCAACGACGUCUGCAUGUUUUGAUCUUUGUCGAUCCGGAUUUUCACGUGGCGUCAUGACCCCUGGGUAAAGCUAUGUAUGGACUGUCACACGAGAGCAGUCCCAACAUGCCCUGAUUUCACAUCUGACACCAGAUGUGAGUCCAUCAACUUUUGCACACAUGGUUGAGAAUUGUUGCUAGGUGGAUACAACGUCAAUCACAGGCUGAGCCCGCAAGCCUGAGAUGAAGCCAGCCCUCAUCCCUAUAUUUAGAGCUUAGGGCCAUUGCUGUCUCGAGCC